AUGUUCUCGGUGGUAAAUUACGUAUCCAGUGUGCCUAUCCAGUCUGGUCAGGCGCCCAUCCAGUCUCCGACACCGCGUGCCGACGAGCUUCUAGCAGCCCAACUUCAGGCGACGAUCAACAGCGUUCUCAAGGCGAGAGCAACCACGGGAGCCAAGGCGCGCGCUGUUCAAGCUGCGCUGGCGAAGGACAAGCAGGAUGCCCCCGCGAAGGACGCGAAGAAGGUGCCCGUGAAGCAGGAGCCUGCCAAGGAUGCGAAGGACACCAGGUCAGGACCGCGCAAGCGUCCAUCCGGUGGGCGAAGUCGCGGAAGUGGUGACCCCUCCGGAUCCGACCCGGACUCGAGCUCUGAUGACGGCUACGACGAAGGCUACAGCUCAAGCGACUCCGACGACUCGCUCGCGAACGUGCCCACGCACUCCACGUCGGUGACGACGAAGGACGGCAAGACGGUGAUGAACUUCCGGCCGUACGUGAACUCAAACUCACUCGAAGACUUCGACGACAAGGCGUCGUACCAUGAGCGGACACGAUGGUGGGAGCGAUUCCUCACCUUGACCGUUCAGGGUGGUUGGACGGACAGCAUGAAGGUGUACGAGUUACGCCUGAAGCUUCCUACAUCCGCUCGCCACUGGCGUGCACAAUUGCCGAGGCAUGUACGAGACGACUGGACCCAGCUAUCCCAUGCGUUCAAGCGCAAGUACUGCCGGUCCAGGAUGUCCGACUCGGAGAGGUACUACACGAUCGAGCAAGGACGGACUGAAUCGGCGCUUGACUUCUUCUACCGACUGAAUGCGGCCGCCUGCAAGGCGAAUAUGGAGUUCAAGAAGUCAUCUAGGACGCGUGA